AUGGCGUCCAACUUGCCAGCCCAACCGAAUCUCCGGGUCACGAUUAUCGCGGCAGACGGUCUCUACAAGCGUGAUGUCUUCCGAUUCCCUGAUCCGUUCGCCGUGGCCACCAUCGCUGGAGAACAAACACACACGACAUCGGUGAUCAAGAAGACGCUCAAUCCAUACUGGAAUGAACCCUUUGAUUUGAAGGUCAACGAAGAUAGCAUUCUCGCGAUCCAGAUCUUCGACCAGAAAAAGUUCAAGAAGAAGGACCAGGGCUUCCUCGGUGUCAUCAACGUGCGCAUCGGAGAUGUGAUCGAUCUUCAAAUGGGUGGUGAUGAAAUGCUCACCCGGGAUCUGAAAAAGUCGAGCGAUAAUCUUGUCGUGCACGGCAAACUGAUCAUCAACCUGUCGACAAACCUCAGUACCCCGCAUCCGAGUCAGCCGAAUGGCCUCCACCGUCAGCAAGCUCAAUCAUCAACCUCCAGUGGCCUCGUCCCGCAAAUUGCUGCCCCGACCUCCCAGGCACCGCCAGGCCCCACCCAAAUCGAUGUGUCGGCGGCCGCUGCGUCGAGCUCCUCGCUGAACCAGCGGACGCCUUCAACCGGCCCGCCACCCCCCAUUAGUGCCGGAGCGAAUGGUGCCGCUGCUGCUGUGACCGGUGCCGCCGCCCGCACUAACCCCAGCUCCUUUGAAGAUAGUCAAGGUCGGCUGCCCGCUGGGUGGGAGCGCCGGGAGGAUAACCUGGGACGGACGUACUAUGUGGACCAUAACACAAGGACCACUACCUGGCAGCGGCCAUCAGCCAACUAUAGUGCGCAGGCUCAACGCUCGCAGAAUGAAGCCACCAUGCAGCGCGAACGUCGGGCCCAUGAGAGCCGAAUGCUUCCUGAGGAUCGGACUGGCGCGAAUUCUCCGAAUCCACCGGAUGCGACGCAAGCUCACACUCCGCCGUCAGGAUCGUCGGCCAGCAAUGCUAACGCGGUUUCAAUGAUGGCGACGGGUGCCACCACUGCUGGCACAGGAGAGCUUCCUCCAGGGUGGGAACAGCGGAACACACCAGAAGGCCGACCCUACUUUGUCGACCACAAUACUCGGACCACGACCUGGGUUGAUCCGCGCCGGCAGCAAUAUAUUCGCAUGUUUGCUCAGGGUCAAGCCACUGGUGGGAACAAUACCACAAUUCAGCAACAGCCUGUUUCGCAACUGGGUCCGUUGCCCAGUGGUUGGGAGAUGCGUCUAACCAACACCGCUCGGGUGUACUUCGUGGACCACAAUACGAAGACGACCACCUGGGACGAUCCCCGACUGCCCUCAUCACUCGACCAGGGUGUUCCGCAGUAUAAGCGUGACUUCCGACGCAAGCUGAUCUACUUCCGAUCCCAGCCUGCGCUUCGCAUCUUGACUGGGCAGUGCCACGUCAAGGUCCGUCGCAACAACAUCUUCGAGGAUUCCUAUGCCGAAAUCAUGCGGCAGAGCGCCUCGGAUCUCAAGAAGCGACUGAUGAUCAAAUUCGACGGGGAAGACGGUCUGGAUUAUGGUGGUCUUUCUCGUGAAUUCUUCUUCCUCCUUUCCCACGAAAUGUUCAAUCCCUUCUACUGUCUCUUCGAAUACUCCGCCCACGAUAAUUAUACCCUGCAGAUUAAUCCUCACUCCGGCGUCAACCCGGAGCAUCUCAACUAUUUCAAGUUCAUUGGCCGAGUGGUUGGCCUGGCCAUCUUCCAUCGCCGCUUCCUGGACUCAUUCUUCAUCGGAGCCUUCUACAAGAUGAUGCUGCGGAAGAAGGUCAGUCUCCAGGACAUGGAAGGUGUGGAUGAGGAUCUGCACCGGAAUUUGGCCUGGACUCUGGAUAAUGACAUUGAAGGGAUUGUGGAACUCACCUUUUCGGUGGAUGAUGAGAAGUUUGGCGAGCGUCGCACUAUUGAUUUGAUACCCAAUGGCCGGGACAUCCCCGUCACUAACGAGAACAAGGCACAGUACAUUGAGUUGGUUACGGAGUGGAAGAUUAUGAAGCGGGUCGAGGAGCAGUUCAACGCGUUCAUGUCGGGUUUCAACGAGCUGAUCCCCGCGGAUCUGGUCAACGUCUUCGACGAGCGCGAGCUGGAGCUACUCAUCGGCGGUAUUGCCGAUAUCGACGUGGACGACUGGAAGAAGCACACCGACUACCGCGGUUACCAGGAGCAGGACGAGGUGAUUCAGAAUUUCUGGAAGAUCGUCCGCAGCUGGGACGCCGAGCAGAAGUCGCGUCUCCUCCAGUUCACCACCGGCACGUCGCGUAUCCCCGUCAACGGAUUCAAGGAUCUCCAGGGCUCUGACGGGCCUCGACGAUUCACGAUUGAAAAGUCUGGCGAUCCUGCUGCGUUGCCUAAGUCGCACACAUGCUUCAACCGUCUUGAUCUUCCUCCGUACAAGACGAACGAUACCCUGGAGCACAAAUUGACCAUCGCAGUGGAGGAAACGCUUGGUUUUGGACAAGAAUAG